CGUCCGGACUCACAGAUGCACCGGAGACCGGGAUCAGAACCGGGGGAAGUCAGAGGUUCUUUACGCUCCGAGAUGGAAAAUAUUGAAAAGACUCUUUGAAAGUUUACAUUUUGGACAUGGAGACAGAAGCGAACAGACAAAUAAUCACAACAACGUCCGCCUGAGGUUCGGUGCAGCGGAGGAUGACACCGGCACCGCCUGGCGAGCACCGACGCGUUGAUCAACACUUCCACAUCUCUGGAGAAGAGUAGGUAAAAGCAAAGAGCGACUGUCUGCCUCUGGUUCUGCAGAAGGACCAGCAUCGCUCUCUCUGCCAGCUCUGCUUACCGGCUGCGCAAACAGCGCGCUUGUUUUGCGCUCCUUUAUAUCUUUGCACCAUCGCAGACUGCGGCAAAAAACAAACCCGGACAUCUCGUUCAAACAGGUCUCUGCAGCCACGCUCGUUCAAACAUGACUGCCCUCUUGUCUUCAUGCUGUUUCCCUGAUGAGAGUUCACAUCUGCUGGAUAUUAGGAAGUAAAAGAGCUUUGCUACAAACUCUCUGAACAGCAUCAGCAAGGCAGUAUAAUCUGUGGACUCACCAUGGGCACUAUCCUAUCCCUGUCCCCCGGCUUUCGGAAGUCAGGCUACUAUGACAACCGUCCGGGCUCGCUCAGCCACUACCCGAGCAUCAGCAGCCGCUCCCUCAACAGCCAGAAAGAGCGCGGGCUGAAGAGGGGGCAGUCCAUCUUCCUCCCGGCGCUGACAUGGAAGCGACUGGUGGCUUCAACCAAGAAGAAGGGUAACUCCAAGAAAGGCUCCGGUGGUCAAAUGGCCCUCGGGGACCCUCUCAACAACAACAACAACAUCAACAUCUACCAAAAGGACCCCUUGUUGCACCUCAACCGCGAAAAUGUGAAGAAGUCGUUGUCCUGUGCCAACCUGUCCAGCUACGAGGGCCCAGCAGGUCUGGGUCUGGGGCUCGGCUACGGCAUGGGGCUGGGCCAGGGCCACGGAUACGGCUACAGCAAAUCACAAGUGCUCUCCUCUGUGAAAAAAGUUCCCCAAGGGACGGCGACAUCGUCCCCAAAGCGCGUCAUCGUCCAGGCGUCCACCAGUGAGCUGCUGCGCUGCCUGGGGGAGUUCCUGUGCUGUCGCUGCUACCGGCUGAAGCUCCUGGCUCCCGCCGACCCUGUGCUGUGGCUGCGGUCCGUGGACCGCUCGCUGCUGCUGCAGGGCUGGCAGGACCAGGCCUUCGUCACGCCCGCCAACGUCGUCUUCGUCUACAUGCUGUGUCGAGACGUGGUGGAUGGCGACGUUGUGUCGUCGGAGCACGAGCUGCAGGCCAUCCUGCUCACCUGCCUCUACCUGUCCUACUCCUACAUGGGCAACGAGAUCUCGUACCCGCUCAAGCCCUUCCUGGUGGAGGCGGGUAAGGAGGCCUUCUGGGACCGCUGCCUCGCCAUCAUCAAUGCAACCAGCGCCAAGAUGCUGCGCAUCAACGCGGACCCGCACUAUUUCACACAAGUAUUUGCUGAACUCAAGAGUGAGGGCGGCUGCGGCCCUCAGGACUAUAGUCGGUUGCUGGAUCGGUGAGAAGAACUUUGCUGAUCACAGGCCUUUUUGUACACUCAUGCACAUGUAUACUUGCACACUGAAGCAUACAUUUGUCUCAUCGGAUUCCUUAUCUUCUUCUGCUGGAGGAAUGUCGGCCUAUCUAUAAUAAAUGUAAUGAUUAUAUCUCUGUUCUCCCUUGCAUCUUCAACAAAAAGGAAUUAUAAACAUUCUCCCCAAGAUAAUUGGCAUAAAAGAAGCUCACAGUUUUGCUUUUAUUUUCCUUGUCCUGGAAUAUCCACCUGAGUUUACUUGAAUUGAAGAACCAUUUGGCCCAUCUGUCCAGUACGUGGUCCCAGCUGCUCCUCUGGAUCUGCACAACCAAGCCUCCUAUCCUCUAUGAACUUCUCUGAACGUGCUCAAUCAGUGCUUAGGACAAUAGGAUGCCAUCAUCCCUCCACCAAUACCAUCAAGGAUUCUUCAACAUUUGCAUUCUAAACGUUGGAGUGGAUUCACAGAAGAAUAAAACAGACAAUAUAAUCCUCCGAGGCCAAGUUACAUUUUCCAGGGCAAAAAGAGGAGACAUGUUGACAUCCACUGCUGGCUAAGCCCCAUGUGGCAGCAGUAAGAAGUGAGUCAGAGUGACGGGGACAGCUGAGAGGGCCAUGUUAGGUCCUGCUGUGUGGUCAGUAAAGCAGAGCAGAGUUUUGUGGAGCCUUUUGAGGGGCGUCUGACUUGAGGGGACAGUUGCUGUUUUUUUUAUCGUUACUCAUUCAAGCCUGCAUCUGUGUUUCCAUUUUAUCUCAGGAGACUCUCCUGGUGGGAGCAUAAUUUGAGAUGGAUGUGUGUGUGUG